AUGUCAUCAAAUAGCUUGAAUUCAUAUGAAAAUGAUGAACUUUAUAAAUCAAUAAUGAAAAAUGAUAAAGAGUCAUUCAUUAUUCAAACGGGAAAAGAAGGAUUCGAUGAAAACAAAGUAUAUGACAAUGGUUUGUUUUCUACUGAUAAUCUUCAAUAUACAUUGCUUGAAUUAUGUUGUUAUUAUGGGGCUGUUGAUUGCUUCAAGAUUUUGAGAUCAAAAUACAAAUCCGAAAUUACAGAUGAAUGUCUGAUGCUAUCUUUUUUAAGUGGUAUUCCUGAUAUCGUCAAUGAAUGUUUGAAAUAUAAACAACCAACUGAAAAAUGCAUGAAAUACGCAAUUAUUUCGCAUAAUAUCGAUUUCGUUUGUUUUUUGAUGAACGAAUAUGGAUUAGAAAUCGAUUUGAACUAUUGCUGCAAAUUCAACAAUCUACAAGCAUUAUUAAUAUAUUUAGAUCAAACAAAUGAUAUCGAAAAUGUUUUGUUUAUUCAUCGUGCUUUGGAAAUUCGUUGGUUGAGUAUUUUCUUGCGCAAGGUGUAA